UGUUAGAUUGUAGGACAUUACAAAUGGGUUUUCUUCGUUGCAUUUAUUUGUCCUUUGUAUGUACAGUAUGGAGUGCAGAAGUUAGGGAGAGAGAUGGUAAUGGUGGUCGCCCAGAAAAAGGCUAAGAAGUUGAGAAAGAUUAUCUUGAAGGAGGAUGUUUCAGAACUUGGAAAGAAGGGGCAAUUGCUUGAUGUUAAAGCUGGUUAUUACAGGAAUUAUCUUCAUCCUCUUGGCAUGGCACAAAUUGCCACUCCCCAAUUCCUCAAGGAAAUGAGGUUGGAAGAGGAGAGAAUUGAAGCUGAGAAGAAGCGGGUAAAAGAGGAGGCACAACAACUUGCUUUGAUCUUUGAAACAGUGGGAGCUUUCAAGGUGAAGCGCAAGGGUGGAAAAGGAAAGCAGAUUUUUGGAACUGUCACUGCUCAAGAUCUUGUAGACAUAAUCAAGGCGCAAUUGGCGAGGGAUGUGGACAAGCGGAUUGUCACUUUGCCAGAGAUCCGAGAAACUGGAGAAUAUAUUGCUGAGCUCAAGCUACACCCUGAAGUUACUGCUAGAGUGAGGUUUAAUGUGUUUGCCAACUGAUUCAUUCUUGAUGAUCUUUUGGUCUUCAAAUAUUAAGAUGGGGAGGGUGUUUUGUGGCUCUUUCUUUAGAUACUCCAGCGGGAGCAUACGUGCCUGUUCCAUUUAGCAUGGAAAUGAAUAUUGCAAUGUAAUGAAAUGUAGUCCUUAUUUGCAAGC